CUCCUGUGGAACUGAAACAUGACAGCAGAGCAGACAAAGCAAUACACAGAACAGAUGGCAGUGAUAACAGCAGUGCUGCUGUUGACAGCAGUUGUGGUGAUAAAAUGUACUUCUGGAAUGUGCUAUGUGGAAGUGAGCUGUCUGGUUAUCAACCUGGAGCACAUGGACUGUACAUGGAAGCAGGACUGUCGCCUACAGCUGAACUAUACCUUCCAGAGCCGGCUGGGUUCCAGACCGCCCUUCCGUGACUGCCCCCAGUACCUGCGGGAGGGUGGUUACAACGUGGGCUGCAGACUGCCAUAUAAAAUAAACGAUAAGUUUUCUUCACUGCACACCAGACUGUCUGGUGACAACAAUGUCACGAAGGAACAGACCAUUCAAAUGAAGGAGCGGGUGAAACUAAAACCACCGCUUAAUCUCUCUGUGGUGGUGAACAGUACAAACCUGGAGCUCUGGUUAUACUGGAACACCAGUACAAAAAGCACCUGUACGGAGAGUGAAGUGCGCUACAGGAAGCAGGAUGAUCAGUGGCAUUCUGCCAUCAUUCAGAUGUCGGCUACAUCGCACAGCAUACCUUUCAUCUUCCAGAAUCAUCAGUAUGAGCUCCAAGUGAGGACCCGCGUAUCGCAUUUUUGUGGCGAGUCCAUGUUCUGGAGCGACUGGAGCGCACCGAUUUUCUACCAUGUACCAGGGAAAAGAAAUGCAACCGCAAGAAUCGCUGACCUGCACGCGCUCAUCUACCUUGCCUCCGUGGGACUUGGCUGGCUCUGGCCGCAGUGGAUGCUCUGAUUGGCUGACAGAACGCUGUUUACCCCAGUCAGUUGCAGUGAUGACGAUCUGAGGAAUCAAUUUCUGUUAAACAGAUGACGUUGAAAUAAAGAUUAAAACUGGAACUA